AUGCGCAAGCGCAGUAGGAAAAAGAAUGCGGACCUACAAGCUGACACAAAUUUAAAUAGUUUGAUAGCUCGCAUGUCAGGAAAAUGUCGAAAACACCCCUGCAGUCCAAUUCUUCUGUUGGUUCUGCAACCAGCGUUGGAGUUUCGUCCUCCUCUUCCUCCUCCCCAGCAGGUGGCUCGACGUCUCCCGCGAACGUGCUGCACGUACAGCCUGAGAAACCACAACAUUACACAUACCUGAAAGAGUUCAGGACAGAGCAGUGCCCUCUCUUUGUGCAGCACAAAUGCACUCAGCAUCGCCCAUUUGCCUGUUUCCACUGGCACUUCCUCAACCAGCGCCGACGGCGACCCAUCCGUCGCCGCGACGGCACCUUCAACUACAGUCCCGAUGUGUACUGCACCAAAUACGACGAGGGUACGGGCAACUGCCCCGACGGAGAUGAGUGUCCGUUUCUGCACCGGACGGCGGGGGACACGGAGCGGCGGUACCACCUGCGCUACUACAAGACGGGUUCCUGCAUCCACGAGACGGACGCCAAGGGCCACUGCAGUAAAAACGGUCCCCACUGUGCCUUCGCUCACGGAUCACAUGACCUGCGCAGCCCCGUCUAUGACAUCCGGGAGAUGCAGGUACUGGAGGCCCAGGCGGGCGCUGGCUGUGUGGAGGGCGGAGUCGGGGAGGCCCAAUCAGGGCUGGCGGCCAGCACCGCCCUCAUCGAGAGGAUCCUCAGCGAGGAGCCACGCUGGCAAGACAACAGCUAUGUCUUAUCCCACUAUAAAACGGAACUGUGCAAGAAGCCGCCGCGACUCUGUCGCCAAGGAUACGCCUGUCCCUACUACCACAAUAGCAAAGACCGCCGCCGCAGCCCCCACAAACACAAAUACAGAGCUCUGCCCUGUCCAGCGGUAAAACAUAGCGAUGAGUGGGGAGACCCAAGCAAGUGUGAGAGUGCCGAGGCCUGCCAAUACUGUCACACACGUACCGAGCAGCAGUUUCACCCAGAGAUCUACAAGUCCACCAAGUGUAACGAUAUGCAGCAAUGUGGCAGCUGCCCUAGAGGACCAUUCUGUGCCUUUGCCCAUGUGGAGAAGCCCCCCAUCAGUGAGAGCUCCCCUCUGCCCACGCCCACCUCCCCCCUGCCCCACGUGAGCGCGAGCGUGGCGCCCGGGGACGACGCGGGCAGCGUGGUGGCGGAGCAGGGGCUGCUGGGUAGGGUGCUGUGCGAGGAGAUGUUGCCCCUGGACGCGCCCAUCUCCCCCUGGGCAGGCGAGGGCGGCUACGGCCGGGCGCCGGGCUUUGAGCGCGAGGAUCAGGCCAAACAGAAGGGUUUCUCCCUGGAGCGGCUGAAAGACCUGGGCCGCCAGCACAGCAAACAGGAUCUGCAGGUGUUUCUGCCGGUGGGGAGCCCCCUGAGCUUCUCGUCCAGCGUGCCCUCCAGCCUGGCCGCCACCCCCCCGAGCCCCGCGCCACUCGGACCCUCCCCGGGCAUGAACGCCAACGCCCUGCCCUUCUACCCGCCCAGCGAGACGGUGGAGUCCGUCGUGGAGUCUGCGCUGGAUGAUCUGGACCUGAAUGACUUUGGUGUGUCGGCGCUGGAGAAGCAGUUAGAGAGCAGCUCUGCCCUCCCCAGCAUGGGCCUGAUGAUGGGUGGGAGUCAGCUCCAGUGCUCCGCCCCCGUCAACAUCCCAGGAUCCUUCAGCGGCUCCACCCCCUUCAUCUCCCCCUCGCCCUCUCCACCAGUCAGAGCUCACCAUUCCCCCUUCCUGUCCCACCUCCCCCAGCCUGGCCAAUCAGAGAGCAGUUUCCUGGGCCCCUCCCACGGUUCACUGGGCCUGAACGGCAUGAGCAGCAGCAUCUGGGAGCACUUCCCCCCAAGUCAGGGCUCGCCGGGGACCCCUCCAGCCCUGCUGCCAGGGGGCGCCAUGUACCCUGAGGCCACGCGCCUCAAACACGAAGUGGAGGAGGCCAACCGCGUGCUCAAGCAGUGGGAUCAGAGCUGGAGACAGAUGGCACAGGCCCACCAUGAGCGCAAGCAGCAGGACCAGAGCUGGAGGCAUGUAGCUCAGUCGUGGGCGGUGAUGAAGGCGGACGCGGAGGAGGCGCGAGCGCUGGCGAGCCGCCUGGCGUCGGAGGCGGAGCGAGCGCGGCAGGAGCAGGAGGAGGCGCAGCGGCAGGCCUCCGCCCUCCAGGAGGCGCUAGAGAGCAUGCGCACCGCCGACAACCCCCACCUGCACAUGCACCAGAUGCAGCUGCCACAGCGGCUCCCCCUAGAGGCCAUCUGCAGCCUGCAGGCACAAGUCUGCUCCUGUUUGCACAGUGUGGAACAGGCGGUGUACAGGAAGCAGCGUGUGCUGUGUGUGUCGUGUGGCGAGGCGGGCACCGUGUCUCUGCCCUGCCAGCACGGGCUGCACUGCGACGCCUGCGCCGGCUCCAGAGAGUGCCCCCUGUGCGCCGAGCAGCAGCAGCAGCAGCACCAGCAGCAGCAGCAGCAGCACAGCCAGGGCCUGCCGCCCUGAGCGCGCACACACGCGCACACACACACACACACACACAUGCACACGCACACAUGCACACAUGCACACACACGCGCGCACACACAGACAUGCAAAUAUACUUCAGUACAGACAAGCACCCUAGCACUCACAUAAACACACAAGCACACAUGCACACACACACACACACACACACACACACACACACACACACAUUAGUACACGUAUAUAUACACAUACAUUUAAAACACAUACACACACACACAUCAGUACAGACAUGCAAAUGUACUUUAGUACAGACAAACACCCUAGUACUCACACACACACACAUAGACACACACACACACACACACACAGACACACUUUCUAUCACAUCAAUAGACAGAAAUAGACAGAUAUAUAAACAAUUUUUUAUCAGUAUGUUAACAAAUGUACAUAUACACACAUGCUUUCACAUACUGACACACACAAACGCACACACACACACAGUCAUAUAUGUGCCGAGAAACACCAGCAGAGUCAGGGUGUUUGAUACCUGACACACACACACACACAUGCACACACACACACACACUUGACACACACAAAGCCCUCUGUAUGCCAAACCACACUAGCAGAGUGCCAUCCUCAUUCUACACAUUAAACACAUACACUUUGUGUGCACCAAACAUGCAAUACCAGCAAAGCUAAGGCUUGCCCCCCUAAUACACACACACACACACACACACAAAUAAAUCAUACACAGCAGUUAGAGCUGGCAGUCCAUUUUAGGCUCCCAACACGGCCCACGCCUCACACAUAUGUGCGCAUGCGCGCACACACACGCUCACAUACACACACGCAACACACACACACACACACACAGUAUACGUUUACAUUAUGCAAUACACAAGUUAACUCACAACAUGAAAUAUACAUAUUUUCUCUCACCUGCAACGCCUACUUAAAAUGCACAUGCAGCUACAGACCACACACACACACACACACACACACACACACACACACACACACACACACACACACACACACACACACACACACACACACACACACACACACACACACACACACACACACACACACACACACCAGCAUUCAUUCUCAGAAUACACUGCAUCAGGUGCUGUGUGGACAUCCUGUAGUUCCACCACAGAGAUCGGAAGCAUGACUUUGAGGAUGCUACUGUGACCGGCGGCAACACCAGCCACACUCUGACCCCACGUUCCACUCGUCACCUCGGAUAGCUGCCCUGCUACGCUAACCAGCUAGCGCACAGGCGUUUUCCCACGUUAACGCGUUAAUGUCAAUGACUGUGUGUCAGCUAAUUAGGUUGUCCCUGGUAUCGCCGGGUAGAUUCCAGUAGUGUUUUCCUACGACUGCUCAGAUUAGCGUCUGCAACACAGCUAGGUGUCAGUCUUAGUACUCAAGCAUAGGAUAAUAUAUAGCCAUGGUUUAUGCUUAACGUACUGAUUACACUAGGAAGUAUUUAGCUAGUUAUCUUAUUCAAGAUUGUAGUGUUAUACUGUAUGUAGCAUAUGAAUGGCAUUUUGCAGUAGCCUGGAAAUUUUGUACGCCAAAUUCUGCCAUUGUGUUUAGUUUUUUUCUAUUUCUUUUCUUUACUCUUGAUGCCACGAUCAUGACAUUUGCUACUACUCUGUUCCUCGUGUGCAUACACACACAUAUACACACACAAACACACACACACACACAGUCACCAACAGACAAAACGUAUCAAAUUGGAAUGAUACUGGAAAAAAAAUGAAGUAUUUCCAAACCAACAAAAGCACAAAGAUGUUUACGUUAGUAUUUGUGACUGUGGACUUAAAAAAAUGAAUUUGUACUUAGAUAUCAAGUUGCGGCAACGUUCAACUGUGUGUUUUUUUACAUAGUGUGACGUUUCAAAGAGUUCCAUUUGAAUUAUGUGCGUGUACACAACAUUGGAUUGGGUAGCAAAUGAAUGUACUCUAAUUGUGUUAUUGGAUAUAAGACUUCUUAAGUCCAGCUGUUUGGUCUGUCUUAGGUCUUAUUCAAACACAGCACUUGGCCCACUUUGUACAGUUACCUUGAGUUGCAUUGUUUACGCAAAAACAAUUCCCUAGGAAAACAUUCUCAGAAUGUAUUUUAUAUGUUGUAAUUGGGGGACCGUUCUAGAAUUUUCCAUGAGCGUCAACAAAGGCUGUGUAGGCCCUUUAGAACCCUCGCCAUGGCAACCCCAGCGGCGCAGGGAUGAACAAACAGCUGGAGGGAGGAGUUGCAUCCUGUCUGUUUUCUAGUCUCUUCUAGUUCAACUUUGUCUAACUUCUUGCUUUAUAGAAAUCAGUGUAAAUUACCUUUUUCAAAUAAUACAGAAAGGAAAAAGAAAAGGACUUUUGAAGAGGUGCCAUUUCUCCUCUCAAUCUGCUCUGUUGAACACUCAGGUUGUUUUUUUUUUCCACAAAACGCUUGUUCCGUCAAUGGGAAAAGGGGAUAACAGACAGAAACAAUCAAUCACAGCAAAUUGACUCAGCCAUUUCUGUAGAGCGAGAGAAUAUUUGUAUAUAUUUUUCAUAAAAAUAAUAAUGUGUCUGUUAACCAAAUAAUCUUUAGGUUUCAUGGAGUUGACUGGCUUUUUGCGCACCCAACUUUAUAGUAUUCAGUUCAAUUUGCUAUGUGAACACUUGUAAGACGCUUACUAGACAUAUUUGAAUAAUCUUCACACACUCGCCCUCCGCGGCCAAUCAGCAGAGAGCACCACCCCCGGUGUGGGCGUGGUGGUUUGUGGGGAUUGGCCAGGUUUUGCAGAGGGGGCGGGGAGAAAGGAGGUUGGCAGAUUUUGGGCACUGCGUUGGGCAGAGGAGCUUCACUGUGACAACAGCUGCCAUCAGCUCCCCAGCGCUUGGAGAGUGGCGGACUCUGGGUCGGGCGCGGAACUGGCCCACAUCAGGGCCAGACGUUCCCCUGUCCACGGUCAGCCGCUCUCCCUGCGUCGGCACCCGACUCCAGUGUGAAAGUCUUAUUGUUUUUGUAUAGAACAAUAAACAAAUGUAUAUUUUUG